AUGGCGGCGCAAGGGACUAUGCACAAUCUAACAACUCUCAUCAAGAGACUAGAAGCUGCCACUUCACGACUUGAAGACAUCGCAACAGCUAUAGAUGGUCCAGGAGCCACUUCAAACAAUGGAGUUAUCCCUGCUCUCUCUCCGCCGUCCGCUGCUGGCACCCCGGAGCAGACAGCGCCCCCUCCAGAACCCUUGCCUAAAUCGGUAGACGCCUUCAAUCAGAUCAUCGAGGAGGAUGUUGUGGCUUUUGUCAAAGCUAGCGAGAAGAUCGGUGGUCUCGUGGAAGAACAAGCCAAGGCUGUCAAAGCGGCCUUUGAGGCUGAACGGACAUACCUCCACGUCGCAGCGAAAGCAAAGAAGCCCGAUCCACAACCUCCUGAGUUGAUGACUGAACUCCACCGGUACACUUCAACUGUGGACGAAAUCCGAGAAGCCAACCGCCCCUCUCCUUUGUUCACCCAUCUCAGUGCUGUUUCAGAAGGUAUUGUCGCCUUGGGCUGGAUCGUGGAGAAGAGACCCGGUGAUUUCGUGACGGACACCCUUGGAGGAGCUCAAUAUUAUGGGAACAAGAUUCUGAAAGAGUACAAGGACAAGGACAAGUCGCAUGUGGAAUACAUCCAGGCUUACUACAAAGUCUUUCGGUCCCUUGCCGCAUACGUGAAGGAGCAUUUCCCCACCGGUCUCACAUGGAAUACCAAGGAUGGCAUUGAUGCUCUCGAGGCCCUGAAGCAAAUACAGUCCGGCGGGGCUGCGCCCAGUGCACCAACAGCUGCUGGGGGUCCUCCGCCUCCUCCGCCGCCACCACCUCUACCGAAAUUCGACGACGAUGGUCCCCCGGCUCCCCCGCUACCUCCAUCGGGAGCUGCUUCACAAGGCGGAGAUAUGUCUGCAGUCUUCGACCAGAUCAACCAAGGUUCUUCUGUCACGGCAGGCUUGAGGAAGGUUGAUAAGUCAGAAAUGACACACAAAAACCCGGCACUGCGAGGCAGUUCCACGGUGCCACAUCGAUCCGCAUCCCAGACGUCCGUUACAGGACGUGGCAAGUCUCCAGUUCCCAAUAAGAAACCCGACAGCAUGAGGUCUAAGAAGCCUGGUCGGAAGGAACUGGAUGGGAACAAGUGGAUUGUUGAAAACUUUGAAAAUCUCCAGAGCGAAAUCAUUGAGAUUCCGGCCGAACUCAAUCACAGCAUUCUGAUCUCCAAAUGCAAUAAAUGCGUCCUCAAGGUCAAUGGCAAGGCCAACGCGAUUUCUAUCGACAACUGCACAGGUCUUUCAAUACUGGUGGACUCACUAGUCUCCAGCCUGGACGUGAUCAAAGCACCCAAGAUUCAGAUUCAGGUUGACGGAGUGGUACCGACCAUUCUCCUCGACCAGGUCGACGGAGCACAGAUCUACUUGUCCAACCAAAGUCUAGGCACGGAGAUUUUCACCAGCAAAUGUAGUGCCAUCAAUGCGGUGUUGCCUCCCAAGGAUGAAUCCGAAGAUGACAGCAAGGAAGUGCCGUUCCCUGAGCAGAUACGCAGUGUGAUCAAGAACGGCACUCUGGUCAGCGAGAUUGUCGAACAUGCGGGUUAG